GCCUGCCUGGUUUCACACAAUCGAAACAAUUUUUAAAUAUAUAAGGAGUCACAGAGAGAGAACGAGUCUUAUCUUUUGGGUUGGUCAUAGCCUCUCUGCCUCUUGGUCAAAAACCUAAGCUUUCUUCUUCCUUCGGAGACGAUCCUGAACUCCAUCUUCAUUUCUCGUUUCCCUCAAUCACAGAAUAUGACGAUUGAUAUGGUCUCUCGUCUUCUUCCUUUCUGAUCUCGUCAGGUAUAGCUGUCUUGCUGAGCAUUUGUUCAAGAACUAAAUUCAUUUUAAACCUUUUUUUUAUGGCCCAAGUUCUGUUAUAGAUAUUUGGAUAUUCCUACUUCUUAGUAGUUGAUUGUCAUUCAUCCAAAGACGCCGAUCAUUCUAGUGAUUAUAGAGACAAAAGGAAGAGCGGAGAAAUGGCUUUCUUGUAAGGUUCAACAAGAUUCCGUUUGUGAGUGGUUUGGCCUGGCUUGCUUUUUUGCUAAGGUGAAAAAAGGCUGAAAUUCUAUAUGAGCUGAUUGAGCAAGAGGUGAACCAUGUCGUUAGUUAGAUCUGCAGAGCUGCCUGCUACACCUUAUAGAAAUGCCAAGCUCUACUCAAUCAAGGGAAGUGAUAUUGGGCCCGGCUUUCCCUCCCAAAUUUUUGGUCAUGAUAAACACAAAAGCAUGUACAUAACAGAUUCUUACUCCAGUGAGAGUUAUGAGAAGUACUUUCACGAUUCACCAACUGAAGAACUGAUAGACACUCCCACUUCCAGCAUCUCUGGAAACUCACUGCCUGAUGGCUCUUCCUAUCUGGUUAGAGCUACUUCAGGAAUCUCUGUGGUUACCAACAACCCAUUUGAUAUUUCUUUCGCUUCCAUGAGACACAAUGAUGCCCGUCAGUCCAACUUUGGAUCAGAUGUCUUGGAAAAUGGAAGCCCAGAUCCACUUGACUUUGAUGAUCAAAUGAAAUUGAAGCUCCAAGAAUUAGAGAGGACACUGCUUGGUGAUAACAAUGAUGAUUAUGAGGACGAGUUCAUACUCGGGACUUUUCAGAGCAUGGAUAUUGAUGCUGAGUGGGGUGAACCCAUUCAGAAUAUGUUGCACCACGGCUCACCAAAAGAGUCUUCAUCCUCAGAUUCUAACCAUAGUACCAUUAGCAGUAUCUCUCCCCGGACCCCAAAGCAAUUGCUGUUAGAGUGUGCUGGUGCAAUUUCAGAAGGAAAUGUAGAGGGAGCCUCGUCUAUGAUAAAUCAACUCCGGCAGAUGGUAUCAAUUCAGGGAGAUCCUCCCCAGAGGACUGCAGCUUAUAUGGUGGAAGGACUUGCAGCUCGAAUAGCUGAAUCGGGCAGCAGUAUUUAUAAGGCACUGAAGUGCAAGGAACCUCCUUCGUCAGACCGACUGGCAGCUAUGCAAAUACUGUUUGAGGUGUGCCCAUGUUUUAAAUUUGGAUUUAUUGCUGCCAACGGUGCAAUUACAGAGGCAGUUCAAGAUGAAAAGAAGGUUCAUAUAAUAGACUUUGACAUCAAUCAAGGAAAUCAAUACAUAACUCUGAUACAAGCACUUGCUUCAAGGCCAGGUAAGCCGCCACAUGUGAGAUUGACUGGGGUUGAUGAUCCCGAGUCCGUCCAGCGAUCUGUUGGGGGCCUAAAAAUCAUUGGACAAAGACUUGAAAAGUUGGCAGAAAUACUUGGAUUGCCGUUUGAAUUUCGAGCUGUGGCAUCAAGGUCUUCCCUUGUCACUCCAUCGAUGCUUGAUAUUCGUCCUGGGGAAGCACUUGUGGUGAAUUUUGCAUUCCAGCUUCAUCACAUGCUAGAUGAGAGUGUUUCAACGGUAAAUGAACGAGACCAACUUCUACGCAUGGUUAAGAGCUUGAAUCCAAAACUUGUUACCGUUGUUGAACAAGAUAUGAACACCAAUACGCUUGCAUUUUUCCCACGAUUUGUUGAAGCCUACAAUUACUAUUCUGCUGUGUUCGAGUCGCUGGACGCAACUCUUCCUAGAGAUAGUCAGGAUAGGAUGAAUGUUGAAAGGCAAUGCCUGGCAAGAGACAUUGUAAAUAUUGUUGCAUGCGAAGGUGAGGAUAGGGUUGAACGUUAUGAAGUUGCUGGAAAAUGGAGGGCAAGGAUGAAGAUGGCCGGCUUCACUACGUCGCCAAUGAGUGCCAAUGUGACUGACGCAAUCAAAAAACUCAUUAAGCAGUACUGUGACAGGUACAAGAUGAAGGAUGUGAUGGGCGCACUUCAUUUUGGAUGGGAAGACAAGAACCUGAUUGUUGCUUCAGCAUGGAGGUGACCAGUUCAUUCUUCAGCUCGGAGACUCUGGUGGCGAGAAUGUAGUAUUUGCUUGUUUACUCUGAAUGUUAAUGAUUUGUGUAGGUGUAUAUUUGAGUCGCUGACGUUAAAUCUUAAAGCUAAUAUGGAAAUUUAUGUUACACAUGAACGCUUGACUUCCUCGUGAGGACUCAUCUGACAACAUAAAACUGUUAUUCUUGGCUUCUA